GUGGAACGCGGUGAGGUCACGGAAGCACCGCGGCCCGAUCCUGCUAGCGCUGUUGCUGUAGCUGGUGGUUGCUAUGGUAACAGGGCCCGUGAGGGAGAGGCGUGCCGAGCCGGGAUAGAAGGGCCCAGCAUGGAAAGCGGGCUCGAGCAGGUCAGAAAUAAAAAUCAGACUGGAAGAUGGAGAUGUACGAAACCCUUGGCAAAGUGGGAGAGGGGAGUUAUGGAACAGUAGUGAAGUGCAAACACAAGGAAACAGGACAGAUAGUAGCCAUUAAGAUAUUCUAUGAGAAACCAGAAAAAUCUGUCAACAAAAUUGCUAUGAGAGAAAUAAAGUUUCUAAAGCAAUUUCGUCAUGAAAACCUGGUCAACCUGAUAGAAGUAUUUAGACAGAAAAAAAAAAUUCAUUUGGUGUUUGAAUUUAUUGAUCAUACAGUUUUAGAUGAGCUACAACAUUACUGUCAAGGACUGGAUAAUAAAAGACUUAGAAGAUACCUCUUUCAGAUCCUUCGAGCAAUUGAGUAUCUCCACAGCAACAAUGUCAUACAUCGUGAUAUCAAACCUGAGAAUAUCUUAGUAUCCCAGAUGGGAAUUACUAAACUAUGUGAUUUUGGUUUUGCUCGGACAUUAGCUGCCCCUGGUGAUAUUUAUACAGAUUAUGUGGCCACACGAUGGUACAGGGCUCCAGAACUGGUAUUAAAAGACACCACAUAUGGGAAACCUGUGGACAUCUGGGCUUUAGGUUGUAUGAUCAUUGAGAUGGCCACUGGAAAUCCUUAUCUACCCAGUAGCUCUGACCUAGACCUACUCCAUAAAAUUGUGACAAAAGUAGGGAAUUUGACACCUCAUCUUCAGAGUAUUUUUAUAAGGAGUCCAGUUUUUUCAGGGGUUGUUCUUCCGGAAGUCCAGCAUCCUAAAAAUGCAAGGAAAAAGUAUCCCAAGCUCUGUGCAUUACUGGCAGAUAUUGUUCAUGCUUGUUUACAAAUGGAUCCCACUGAUAGGAUCUCAUCUACAGAUCUGCUGCAGCAUGACUAUUUUACUAGAGAUGGAUUUAUUGAGAAAUUCUUACCAGAACUGAAGGCUAAAUUAUUACAAGAAGCAAAGUUAAAUUCUCUUUCAAAACUCAGAGAGAAUAAUAAAGAGAUUGAACUAAUAAAAGAUGAAAAGAGAACUAUUCAUAUUAUUGCCUCUCAGAAUAGUCCAAUGGUUGGGAAGAUGUUUUGGGACAACAGUACCAAGGAUUCUUCCAGUUGUAAAGCGGUCCUCAAACUAGGGAGCAAGGAACAUUUCUUGGAUAUUGAAAAGGACAAAAAAUCAAAGGACUUAAAAGUAAAAGGUACAAAAGUGAAAGGAGGGAAACCAGAGAUUCCAGAAAUAAAAAAGAUUGAACAAGAAGAUGCAGUUAAUCAGUGGGCUCCUUCCUCACAGAAUCCUCCCAGUUUUCCUCAAGAGAGUAAACCUACAAUCACUGAGAUAACCACCACUGCAGCAGCUAGCAACGAUCCCAGCGGUGUGAAGGAAGAUCCUCCACUAAUAGCAGUUGGUACAACAAUGCCACCCAUCAAUCCAAAUUGUGGGAACCUUACUACUGCAAAUUUCAAUUCACCCUUCCCACACUCAAAUACAAGGCUACCUGAAAAAGCAAAGAAAAGGAGAAGCCCUUGGCAGUCAGUGGGACAAAUAGGUCCAAACAACAGACAGGAUGAUGGGACUCUGGCUCAAACUCAAACAGAAAAAGUCACACUGUAUGAACGAGCUGCUCAGAUUGAUCAAAUGGCCAAUAUGAACCGAAAGAAACGCAGUAUUUCAAAAUCUGAAAAGAAAGACAUCCAUUUUCCAGAACUGCCAGUAACAGCACAACAAAAGGAGCUGAAAGGAAUGGAAGUUAAACAGGUAAAAGUGCUGAAGAGGGAGUCAAAGAAAUCUGAAGUAUCUAAAAUACCAUCUUUACUACACGUGGAUCAGAAUCAAGAAAAACAAGAGAAUACUGGAAAUACACAAAGUGAAAAUAAAACCAAUCUGCCGGAUGUAGAAUAAGCAGUGUAGAAGCAUGAAGCUUGAGAGACUGCAGAAUCACAAAGGUCACUGGAGCAGCUGGAAAAGUUGUUAAAUCAUCACUGACUGGAUGAAUCAAGAUUUCCUUUAUUCCUUGGCUUUGUCUUUUCCCCAAACUGUUAGAUCACAAUAAACUGGAGGAGGUGAAGCUUCCUCAUUCUAUACAUACAAAGCUGUAGCAUCAAAGUUUGAAGUUUCUAAGUACUGUAACAACAAUUUAGCUAACUGCAGCAAUGGAGGGAGAAGAAGCCACUGAGUACCUUAUUAUGAGGACCCUCAUUUUCCUUCUUGUCUUUAUCCUUAGGAGAUAAGGAAGAAAAAUACUUGGUAGUAAAAUAUGUAAAACUUUAUAGUGAAAAGAAACCAAACAGGGAGAAUUAAACAUAACUUAAGGAUAGGUAUUUGGGGCUAAGGGAAAUCUAAAGAAAAGAGUGGAACAUUUAAAAAAGACCCAACGUGUAAACGUUAUUAAAAGUACCUGUUUCACUUUAUGGCUAUUUAACAUGGUGGCCGUUUAAAUCUAGCAAUUAAAAUAUACUAUUUAAAUACUACUAACAUUUUAAAAAAGCAGAUUUUAUGGUAGCAAAGCAAUCAAACAAUCAAAAUUAGGUUACUUGAGAACAGUUUAAUUGAUUUUUAUUUAAUGUCUGAGGCAUGCAAGAUUAAACACAUAUACCAGGGUCCAUACAAUUUCGCCUUGCUAUUUGCUGUAAGCCAACUAUGCAGCAGUGACACUCUAGCUCUUCUUAAGUGUUGAUAGGUUUAAAUGGGAAGUAUUUGACUGACAGGCACUAAUUAUAAUUAAAAACAUGUUUUUGUGGGUUGUCUCAGCUGUGAAUGUGAAUUAGCUGUACAGUCCCCCCCCCCCCCCACCCAAUGCAGAGUUGUUGUAGGCAAAUGUGUAAUAUCACUAGCGUGUAGCCAGCAGCUUGGAAUUUCUGUUUUAUGUGUGCUGGAUGAUCCUUUGCCGCCUCCUCACCAGCACUGAACCAAUACAUUCCCAGAGUAGACCCACCGUUAUACACAAUGCUCACAUAGUGGGGAUAUUUGAAUUUAGAGAUGAGAGACUAUGCUGAGAUUUGGAAGGGUGGGGUGUUAUUACUUAGUGCUAGAUCUCUCAAAUAUCAGCAUUUAAACCUCUCCCGCUGCAGGUCUAGGGAACCAUUUCUUACCUUAAAUGUAUUUUGGGGGAUGGGUGUACAUGGUGUCUAGUAAGCCCAUUGCCACCUAGUCUGGAAAAGGCCUUCUUGGAGGUGGAGGUCAGAUUUGGGAGGAAGAAGUGCGCUUACCACACACCCAACCCCAAAACAGAAGAUGGGAGACCAUCCACCUAGUGUACUUUGAAGAUCCUCAGAGGAAAGGGACUGCAGCUAUGAGGCUCAAAGACAUGGUGCUAGGGGGAGGCUGCAAGAAUAAACAGCUAAAGAUUUUCCAGUUACCAUGGCCUAUUGCAUAGCGCACUGGACUGGGACUCAGGAUACAUAGGUUCUAUUCAUAGUUGUGUCAAGGGCCUGCUGGCUAAUCUUGGACAAGUGACUUUGCUAUGCCGUGCCUCAGUUUCCUCAUCUGUAAAAUGGCGAUACUGACAUCUUUUGUAAAUUGCCAUGAGACUCUAUGAUGAAAAGGGCUUAUGAGAGCUAGGUAUUAUUAAUUGAAAACAGUCAGUUUCCCCAAAGAGGGCCAAUAGUUGGACUCUUCUGGAAGUGUGUUUGCCCAUCCUUGUUAGAUACAGAAUUCGACAGGGUGGUAAAAAGAAGUCCCAAUGAGGAACUUAAAUAACUUCCCAGUCUUUGCCUUAAGAAAUUCUUCCUCCAGGAAGAAUAGCAUAUGACUACGUCCACCCUGUAGAGUUAACCAGUGUAACAACAAUGCUGUCAAAUAUCAUGGAUAUAGGCAGGAACUUCCCUCAAGGCAAAAAUGUACAACUGAGAAUAGAACUGCGUAUCUGAGUAAUAAGAAAGCGACCACUAUAUUCAAAAGUAUUUGUUACAUUUAUUGUUGCAGCUACAGGCAUGUUUCUGCUCACAGGUUUACAGAUCAUGAUUUGUCUUUGGAAGACUAACAAAAAAUUAGGGUUCUGAUCCUAAAAGGUGUGAGAUAUUUAUUCCUCUCCGUGUCAUUCUCUGAGUUUUUCUGCAGAAAGAGUGAACAAAUACACUAGAGUGUUAGUUAUACAGAAAAUAAGUGGGAGAGCCAAGAACAGAACCUUAUGGUCUCCUGACUCCAGUCCAGUGCCCUAUCCACUAGACAACAAAACGUCUGUUCUCUGCCACAGAUGUACUGUAUGAACUUCGACAAUUGUAUAACCUCACCAUGCUUCAGUUUCUUUUCACUAUAGGAGUAUUUGGAAAUGUCUUUCAUUAGUGUUUGCAAAAUGCUUGGAGAUCCUUGGAUAGAUGAUGAUAAAUAAGUCCAUAUUAAGACAUGAGAAGUAAUUCUUCUGCUCUACUCCACACUGAUAAGGCCUCAACUGGAAUUUUAUGUCCAGUUCUGGGCAUCACAUUUCAGGAAAGAUGUGGACAAAUUGGAGAAAGCACAGAGGAGAGCAACAAAAAUGAUUAAGAUAUAGAAAACAUGACCUAUGAGGAAAGAUUGAAAAAAAAUGGAUUUGUUCAGUCUUGAGAAGAGAAGACUGAGUGGGGACAUGUUAAUAGUUUAAGUUCAUAAAAGUUUUUUAUUAGGAGAAAAGCGAAAAAUUGUUCUUGUUAACCUCUGAGGAGACAAGAAGCUUAAAUUGCAGCAAGUGAGGUUUAGGUUGGACAGUAGGAAAAACUUCCUGUCAGGAGAGUUAAGCACGGAACAAAUUGCCUAGGGAGGUUGCGGAAUCUCUGUUAUUGGAGGUUUUUAAGAACAGGUUAAACAGACACCUUGCAGGAAUGUGCUAGUUAUUACAUUGUCCCGCCUUGAGUGCUGGGAACUGGAAUAGAUAACCUCUCAAGGUCCCUCCACAGUCCUACACUGCUAUGACUUUAUUCAUAGUAUUUUUUUUUAUUAUUACUCACAUGAAAUCAUACAGGCAAAUUCAGCGUUGUUGAAAACACAAACAACUUUACCAAUGGCACUAUAGUUGCAUCCACUUAUGCCAGAGGUUAGUUUGUCUCAUUAUCCUCUGUCACCUCAAAGUCAUUUCCACAGAACAUAAUAGUAAUUCUACAGAUGUAGUUAAAAGGAAAUACAGUUUAAAGUUGUAUAGGGUAUGUGGCAGUCCCUUUAAUUUCUUUCAUCAUUAAUCAUUGGACCAGAUUAAUUCGUUGUGCAACUUCCAUUGGAGUAAGCGUUAUGGCAGGGACUAAUUUAGCCCACUGUGGGUCUUUUGUGUUCAGUCUCAUGCCAUUUUUCAUUAGGAUUUCAUCCUUGCCCCAACGCCUGCAUAUUGGAGGAGUUUCCUUUAUAUGUAGAACACCUUACUUAUCAAUACUAUACCAGUUAUAGGUGAGUUCUUUGGGAGAUGAGCAUUAUGCCAGCCACAGCUGUAGCUGGGUGAAAUGUAUUGUGAAACGUUUGCUGAAACCUCACUCUAGCUCAAGAAUUUUUCAGGAGCAUCUAGUGCCCAAAAAAACCAUAUCACCGAGGAAUUCCUCAUUUAAUGAAAACAUUACCUGACAUCCAGGAGAACCUAGCACAGUUCCACUGCUACUUGUGAAAUUCAUGGCUUUAUUUUCAGAUGCUUCCUCCUCUGUAAGCCAUAGAACUUGAAAACCCCACCUCAUUUGCAUUUGAGUUACACAUAAGGCAGCUGCAGUGAGCAUUCAGGAUUGGUAGCCAUCCAACAGUAGCAUCCAGCCAGAACAUGGAGAAGCCCUAUUUGGAUAUUAUUGGUGAACAACCUUCCCACAUACCAUCUUCUUGGGGUAUUGUGAUGACAUGAUUUCAGCUAUGGGCCAGUCUGGCCCUUGGAAGAGAUUUCAUCUUUCUUCUAAAUCCUUUUCUUUCUAUGAAGGAGAUAACUCUGUGCUUCUGAUUAAAGUUUGAACAUUCUUAAA